AUGCAAGCCCCGGGCAAAAAGGACAUUAGUACAAUUGAAUUGCACUGGAGUUCUAUUCUGAAAACUCCUUCUUCUAAAGGUAAAGAAAUUGUUGAUUCUUCUCGAGAACCUUUAGUUGAUGAAAUCGUACCAAGUGAUUUAUCUUUUGUAAGUGAUAGACAAUCCCUUCAAAAGCAAGUUGCUGGUUUCGACAAAACUGACACAUAUCCUACAUUAGUGACCGAACUUACAAUCCCUACCAUCAGAGGAGAUUGUAACUGGAAAAAUAGUCUUCGAAUGUCAAUUCCUUCCAUAAACCAAAGAAUUUCUUCUUUUAGGAUUGGAUACUCUUUUGUCUAUACUUACCCUUUUACUUUGGGUUUUAAUCCCCCAAUUGACCCAAUCAUCCUCGAUUUUUGCCGUUUCUUUAAUAUUUGUCUGGCCCAAGUUGGUCCUUUAGUAUGGAGAGCAGUGGCUUGUUUGAGAUAUCUUUCUACCAAAGCCACUGUUAAUUUCACCUUUUCUCACCUUAUCCAUUUAUACCACCCUAAUUUGAUACGUCAUGGAGUCAUUACCUUAACUGCGAGAAGCAAGAAGGUUUUGGUAAGUACAGAAGAUGACAAUGAUCGUGGAUGGUAUGCCCGUUACGUUGCUGUGCGUACGGUGGAUUUACUUGGUGAAACAAAUAUUCCCUUCCCUGAGAAGUGGAAUUUGCACGUUGCUCUUAAGGAGCAAAGAACUUGGAAAUCAAUUUCCGCUUUACAUGGCUGGAAAGUUAAAACACACGGAUUUGGUAACAGAGGAAUGACAGCUGAUGUUGUCACAGCCCUUCGCAUGUCUGGUAAUGCUGCACUUGACUUGGACAAGACUCGAACCUUGCUUCAAAAAAGGAAAGCUAUAGGAGAAGGUUCUAAGAAUGAGGAAGAGGGAGGUACCUCGUCAAUAGCUAGGCCACGAAUUAGGAGACGAGUUAUUAAUGAUGAUGAAAUUGAAGAUACUCCUGCUCAAACUUCGACCACCGAGCCUGUUUUGAUUCCUUCAGAUGAAGACACCGUGCCAAGAAACACAAAUGAAUCAACUCAGCAUCUCUUUGAUAGUGGUUUUGAGAGUGGCGAGCUCGGACCUGUUUUCGAUGAAGUUCCUCUUUCUUCAUUCGCACCUAUUUCUUCCAUUCCUUUGCCAACCGUAAGUGUUUCUUUGCCAGCAUUGACUACUUCUGUUCUUUCACCAGUUUUAAUUGCUUCUACUUCCAUUCCUAUAUCUACUUCUUCCGUUCCUGUUCCCACUCCUACGACUCCUGUGGUGUUUACCUUUUCUACUACUCCCCCUUCCGCUGUUCCAUCUUCAUCUGUCCCACAUAUAGAAGUAAGUUCCAGCAAUAGAAGCAUGACCAUGAGGAGUGUCACACUCGAAAUCCCUGCUAAUCAAAGCCUCUUAAGAAAAUCUGGGAGAGCUGAUACUUGGCUCCAACCUCUUAUUGGAGAAAUUGAAAAGAAUAAGAUGCAAAGCCAUAGUUGUUACACUUUGAUGAAUGACAUAGUUCAUUCAACUUUGAAGGCUAAUCUUAUUGGGACUGAAUUGAUGGGGCGAGUUUCUACAUUGGAGAAAAAGGAACGAGAGUCUACAAGGGCUCUAUCUGAGGCUAGGAAAAUAGCUGAGGAUGCAUUAUUUGAGGCAGCAAACUGGAAAAAACAAUUUGAGAGUACCCAAGUGACUGUAGAAGAGUUGCGGGAGAGCAAGGCUCACUUGGAGCAACAAAAUCAUGGCUUAACUUCUGAAUUGGGAAUUGCGAAUGCUUCUUGGGGUCAGCUUAAAGAGGAUAAAGAGCUUCUGGAACGUUCUUUAUCUAGAGCCAAUGAUGAGAUUAAAGAGCUUAAAGCACUCAUGGAGAAGAAAGAAGAAUACGCAAAGGAGUUAGCUCAAAACUUAAGUCAUGCUCAGAAUGAUUUAAGAAUUUCUUCUGAUAGAAUCCGUGCCUUGGAAAGUUCUCAUGCCUCUCUUGAAGCUUCCCUGGAUUCUCAUUUAGCCGAGCACCAAAUAAUGAAAAAUGACCUUGCUAUGUGGGAAAAGGAAUACAAGGCUUUGGAGAAGGAAUAUAAUGCUCUUGAAGAAAAUUUCAACAUAGACGUGAGUUGGGCUUUUCUAAAUUCUCGACGUGAUGCUUUGAUGGAGGCUACACAGGAAAACUUUGACUUGCAAUCUGAGUUGGCCAAAGUCAUAGACACUAUCGAAAAAGGUCAACAACCUGCUGAUACUCCUUCUCCGGCACUUGGAACUAUUGACACCCCCUCUCCAGCACUUGAAGCUCCUGGAACAGAAGAGUGUUUGAACUCCGAAGCAGUUACUGAGGUACUUGAAGUUAUAACUCCAGCUUCCGAAGUUGAAACUUCUAUGACACAGUCUAUGGAAAUUGAAGUUCCUGUGACUGUUACUUCCCUCGUUGAUGUUAUCUCUUCAAGCUCAGCUGAAAUCGCUCCUAUUGCUGCUUCGUCAGAAGUUGUAACCGCACCUGUUAUUGCUUCAGAAAGUGAUGUUACAACUUUUAAUGAUUGUUAA